AUGAGCCUCUUGACUGUCAUCCUCUGUCCCAAGUCCUCCUCUUCCUUUCCCUUCUCUGUCUCACACGCUCCUCCACCUACUUACUACCUGUCCUCCUCGCGAUGCACAAAGAAAGACCCUACAGAGGGUGUUAGUCAUAGACCAGACCACUCACUCACUCAGCCAUCAUCAUCAUCAUCAUCAUCAUCAUCCAAGAGACAGCAACGUCAACGUCACCGACAACGAAAACGACAACGACAACGAAACAGUCAGGUGCGUGUGCCAAGCUCACACCAGCCUACUGCUAGCCCGUCCUACCCCCCGCCCCCCUUCUCUAAGAACAAGGGGAAGGGGGAGGGUGAUACGGGUGGUGAAUAG